AUGGAAAUGAAGAGUUACCAGAAAAUCAAUCAUUUUCCUGGGAUGAGUGAGAUCUGCCGCAAGGAUUUGCUGGCCCGGAAUAUGAGCCGCAUGCUAAAGCUGUUUCCUAAGGACUUUCAUUUCUUCCCCAGGACCUGGUGUCUUCCUGCCGACUGGGGAGAUUUGCAGACCUACAGCAGGACAAGAAAGAAUAAGACUUACAUUUGUAAGCCGGACUCGGGCUGCCAAGGGAGAGGCAUAUUCAUUACCCGGUCAGUGAAAGAAAUCAGGCCAGGGGAGGAUAUGAUCUGCCAGCUUUAUAUUUCAAAGCCCUUCAUCAUCGACGGGUUCAAGUUUGACCUCCGGGUUUACGUGCUGGUGACCUCCUGUGACCCUCUCAGGGUUUUCGUGUACAAUGAAGGACUGGCUCGGUUUGCCACCACCUCUUACUCCCACCCCAACAUGGACAACCUGGAUGAGAUCUGUAUGCACCUGACUAAUUAUUCUAUCAAUAAGCACAGUUCCAACUUCAUUCAAGAUGCUUAUUCUGGGAGCAAGAGGAAACUGUCCACCUUCAACACAUACAUGAAGACCCAUGGCUACGACGUGGAGCAGAUCUGGAGGGGCAUCGAGGACGUCAUCAUCAAGACGCUCAUUUCUGCUCACCCAGUCAUCAAGCACAAUUACCACACCUGCUUCCCCAGCCACACGCUCAACAGCGCCUGCUUUGAAAUCCUGGGCUUUGACAUCUUGUUGGACCGGAAACUCAAACCCUGGCUGCUAGAGGUCAACCAUUCUCCAAGCUUCUCCACUGACUCCAAGUUGGAUAAAGAGGUGAAAGACAGCCUGCUCUACGAUGCGUUGGUCCUCAUCAACCUGGGGAGCUGUGACAAAAAGAAAGUCUUGGAGGAGGAGAGACAGCGGGGACGGUUCCUGCAGCAGUGUCCAAAUCGGGAGAUCAGGCUGGAGGAAGUCAAGGGUUUCCAGGCCGUGAGGUUACAGAAAACAGAGGAAUAUGAAAAGAAAAACUGUGGAGGCUUCCGGCUCAUCUACCCUGGUCUGAAUUUGGAGAAGUAUGACAAGUUUUUCCAGGACAAUAGCUCCCUCUUCCAGAACACUGUUGCUUCCAGAGCCCGGGAGCUGUAUGCACGGCAGCUGAUCCAGGAGCUGAGGCAGAAACAGGAAAAAAAAUUCUUCCUAAAAAAGGAAAGGAAGGAAGAGAUUCAGGGCGAGUCUGUGGGUGAGCAGGCCAGAGACAAAAUCAUGCGGCUCCAGCGACAGAGACAGCAGCUGAAGUGCAAGACGGCCACCUGUCCCCCCAAACAAUCCUUCCAUCCAGUGACCUUAGUGUCCUGCACAUCUGGCUUGCUCUUGAAUAUCAGAGGCUUCAAGAAAAAUGAAACUUCUGGUAGCCUCGACCAGAAGGACUCCAAGAAGGAGGCCAUCCUCAUGCCCUGCAAGCCCGUGUCGGCGAGGAACUACAAUUCUGUCCCCGACCUGAGGAGUUCAAACCCUAGCUGCUCUGAGCUGGAGUUCCAUAUGGCCAAUUCCAAAAUCAAGGAAGUCAAGUCGGCCCUUUCGGUGAGCAUAGUCAGCAGUCCCCAGCACAUAUCCUCUGUAGAAACGUCCCCAGAUGCCACAGCCCCCAUCUCAACCUCUCUGGAAUCCCUGGCCAGCAUGAGCCUGUCCACCAGCCCUGAGUGCAGCAGCCCUGAGAGCAUCCACAUGGUCUCCUAUACCCGCAAGCCGCAGAAGGCCUCCCACAAGCUGAUCCAGGAGAAGAGAUCCAAGCCUCUCAUGUUUUCCAAAUCCAGGCAGUUGGACCUGAACUGUUCCUUGAUGAAGAAUGACAUUAAGAGGCAGUAUCUGAUGUCAGAGAUACUGCAGAAGGUUCAAAUGAAGAAAAAACGCCCCUUGUUCCCGACUCCCAAGGUUAGGUCCUCUUCUCUCUCCAAAUACCCAUCCUUGUCCAAGGAGCGGUGCGCUCACAGCCGCAGCUCUGGCAGGAAGAAAGUGUUGGCUGCACCCUCCGUCGUCGUCCUGCAGGCUUCUCACAGACAUGUUGAAUCUCUGAACGACCUCUUAGUAGUUGCCACGCAGGCCCGACUGGACCCUCGACCCAGCAGAAGCCAUUCGGGCACUACGACGACGAGGGACGCCGGCGCACAGGACCCAAAGCACACCGCCACUGCUUGA